AUGGACAACAAGGAUGAAGCUUUGGAGGCUGUCUUGAAGGAAGCAGUGGACUUGGAAAAUGCGCCAAUAGAAGAGGUUUUUCAAACUCUAAGGUGUAACUCAAAUGGUCUCACUACAGAGGCUUCUGAACUGAGGCUUGCCAUUUUUGGAUAUAACAAGCUCGAGGAAAAGCAGGAGAGUAAAAUUUUGAAGUUCUUGGGGUUUAUGUGGAAUCCUUUAUCAUGGGUCAUGGAGGCAGCUGCUAUCAUGGCGAUUGCACUUGCUAAUGGAGGAGGUAAACCACCCGACUGGCAAGAUUUUGUAGGGAUUAUUACCUUGCUUCUUAUCAAUUCCACCAUAAGUUUUGUAGAGGAGAACAACGCUGGCAAUGCUGCUACUGCUCUCAUGGCCCAUCUUGCACCCAAAGCCAAGGUCCUUCGAGAUGGAAAGUGGAUUGAGAAGGAUGCGUCCAUUCUUGUUCCUGGUGAUAUCAUCAGUAUAAAGCUUGGAGACAUCAUUCCUGCAGAUGCUCGGCUACUUGAAGGCGAUCCAUUGAAAAUCGAUCAGUCUGCGCUUACUGGCGAGUCUCUUCCUGUGACAAAAGCCCCUGGUGACAGUGUUUAUUCAGGUUCUACAUGCAAACAAGGAGAGAUUGAAGCAGUGGUCAUUGGCACAGGUGUUCAUACAUUCUUUGGCAAGGCUGCCCACCUUGUUGACACCACCAAUCAAGUGGGGCACUUUCAAAAGGUCUUGACAGCUAUUGGAAAUUUUUGUAUAUGCUCCAUAGCUGUUGGGAUGAUAGUAGAAAUAAUUGUCAUGUUCCCAAUUCAACACCGGCCAUACCGCCCAGGAAUUGACAAUUUGCUGGUACUGCUUAUUGGAGGGAUUCCUAUUGCUAUGCCUACUGUUUUAUCAGUGACAAUGGCUAUAGGAUCCCAUCGCUUAUCUCUCCAGGGAGCUAUCACAAAAAGAAUGACAGCGAUAGAAGAAAUGGCAGGAAUGGAUGUUCUUUGCAGUGACAAAACUGGAACUCUGACCUUGAAUAAACUUACAGUUGAUAAGAGUCUUAUUGAGAUCUUUGUUAAAGGAGUAGAUGCAGAUUCUGUUGUUCUGAUGGCAGCUAGAGCUUCUCGAUUGGAGAACCAGGAUUCAAUAGAUGCUGCAAUAGUAGGAAUGUUGGCUGAUCCAAAAGAGGCACGAGCUGGAGUUCAAGAAGUUCACUUCCUGCCAUUCAAUCCAACGGACAAGCGAACGGCUCUAACAUAUAUUGACAGUGAAGGAAAAAUGCAUCGGGUCAGCAAAGGUGCACCAGAGCAGAUUUUGAAUCUUGUGCACAAUAAAUCAGAGAUAGAACGCCGAGUUCAUGCGGUGAUUGAUAAGUUUGCGGAUAGAGGAUUACGGUCUCUUGCAGUGGCAUACCAGAAGUUAUUGGCUUCUGUUUCCGAUUAUGAACAGGAAGUUCCUAAAGGAACGAAGGAAAGCUCAGGAGGUCCUUGGCAAUUUAUUGGCCUCAUGCCUUUGUUUGACCCACCUAGACAUGAUAGUGCAGAGACAAUUCGAAGGGCAUUGAAUCUUGGGGUAAAUGUGAAAAUGAUCACCGGUGAUCAGCUGGCAAUAGCAAAGGAAACUGGACGCCGAUUGGGAAUGGGAACGAACAUGUACCCUUCAUCAUCCUUGUUAGGACAGAAGAGGGAUGAAUCGAUUGCAGCUUUGCCUGUUGAUGAGCUCAUUGAAAAAGCUGAUGGAUUUGCUGGUGUUUUCCCUGCAACGGUUAGUGGCAUGAGGUUGAUAGUAUAUAUUCUAGAACACAAAUACGAGAUCGUGAAACGGUUGCAAGCUAGGAAACAUAUAUGUGGAAUGACUGGUGAUGGAGUAAAUGAUGCUCCGGCUCUGAAAAAGGCUGACAUUGGAAUUGCUGUUGCUGAUGCAACUGAUGCAGCUCGUAGCGCUUCUGACGUUGUCCUAACAGAACCUGGGCUCAGUGUUAUCAUCAGUGCUGUACUAACUAGCCGGUCAAUAUUCCAGAGGAUGAAAAAUUACACGAUAUAUGCAGUCUCCAUUACUAUCCGUAUUGUGCUUGGCUUCAUGCUGCUGGCACUCAUAUGGCAGUUCGACUUCCCACCCUUCAUGGUGCUGAUUAUUGCUAUCCUUAAUGAUGGUACGAUUAUGACGAUAUCAAAGGAUAGGGUGAAACCAUCUCCUCAGCCUGACAGCUGGAAGUUGGCAGAGAUCUUUACGACUGGAAUUAUUCUUGGUGGCUACUUGGCAAUGAUGACCGUCAUUUUCUUUUGGACAGCAUACAAGACAGAUUUCUUUCCUCGUAUAUUUGGGAUUUCAAGCCUUCAAAAGGAGGAUCGUGAUGACAUCAGAAUGCUAGCCUCUGCAGUGUACCUGCAAGUGAGCACCAUUAGUCAGGCCCUCAUAUUCGUCACAAGAGCUAGGAGUUGGUCUUUUGUUGAACGUCCUGGUCUUUUACUUGUCACAGCUUUUGUUGUUGCUCAGCUGAUUGCUACCCUGAUUGCUGUCUAUGCGAAUUGGAGCUUCGCUGCUAUUGAAGGGAUUGGUUGGGGAUGGGCUGGUGUAGUCUGGCUUUACAACCUCAUCUUUUAUUUCCCACUUGACUUCAUAAAGUUCAUCAUCCGAUAUGCCUUGAGUGGGAAGGCUUGGGAUCUCGUCAUCGAGCAAAGGAUUGCCUUCACAAGGAAAAAGGAUUUUGGGAAGGAAGAGCGUGAACUUAAAUGGGCACAUGCACAGAGGACACUCCAUGGGUUGCAUGCCCCUGAUACAAAGAUGUUCAAUGAGCGCAACAGUUACACAGAACUUAACCAGAUGGCUGAAGAGGCAAAAAGACGAGCUGAGAUUGCAAGACUCAGAGAACUGACUACGCUGAAAGGGCAUGUUGAGUCGGUGGUGAGACAGAAGGGUCUUGAUAUAGACACAAUUCAGCAAGCUUACACUGUUUGA